AUGUUCCACUUGGCCAAAGGUCUGUAUGCCAACCUGAACCGCAAAGAGCAUUACUCGAUUCUUAUCCUGGGCCUUGACAAUGCUGGUAAAACUACUUUCCUGGAAAUGCUGAAGAAAGAGUACUUCAAAAGCUCGAAAUCCCCAGACAAAAUAACACCUACGGUGGGCCAGAAUGUGGCGACAAUUCCAAUAGAGUCAAGCGUAUUGAAGUUUUGGGACGUGGGGGGUCAAGAAUCUUUGAGAGCUUUAUGGUCUGAAUACUAUCGCCAAGCACACGGGAUCAUCUUCGUCAUUGAUAGCGCUGACCGUGAACGUCUGGAAGAGUGUUGUCAGGCACUAAGAACUGUUGUGAUGAACGAGGAAGUUGAAGGUAUUCCUGUGUUGAUGCUAGCGAACAAGCAGGACAGAGAAGAUCGUAUGGAGGUGCAAGACAUAAAGGAGGUUUUCAACAAAUUGGCUGAGCAUCUGGGUGCCCGUGACAGCCGAGUGCUUCCGAUCAGUGCACUGACACAAGAAGGCGUGAAGGAGGCCGCAGAAUGGAUUUUGAUUCGUCUUAGAAGGAACAAGACCAACAAACCGCCAAUCUACAAGUAG